AUGCGCCUCCCCUACGCGCCCAACCCGCCCGCGCCCGCCACCCCGGACGAGGCCGCCAUCGUCGAGCGCAUCCAGGCCCGCCGCGCCCCGCGGCCCCUGCAGCCCCUGGACCUGACGCUGCUGCACUCCCCGCCCGUCGCCGACGGCUGGAACUCCUUCCUGGGCGCCGUGCGCACGCGCACCGCCCUGGCCGCCGACGUCCGCGAGCUCGCCAUCUCGCGCGUCGCCGUCGUCAACCGCGCCUGGUACGAGUGGGCGCACCACGCGCCGCUCGCCGUGGCCGCGGGCGUCGCCGACGCCGACAUGGAGGCUGUCAAGGCCGCGGAGCCGCUGACCGUGUCCGGCAGGCCCGGGGCGGGCGGCCUGACGGCGCGGCAGUGGGCGGCGCUCGUGUACUGCGACGAGAUGACGAGGAACGUCCAGGUCAGGGAUGAGACGUUUGCGGCCGUGCGGGAGCACUUUGACGAGAGGGAGGUGGUGGAGCUCACGGCUACGGUUGCUUGCUACAACUGUGUGAGCAGGUUCUUGGUCGCUCUGGAUGUUGGCGAGAGGAACGGCACAGGGCCAGAUGCCAAGCAUUGA